CGGAAACGCGUGAAGGCUCAUCUUUACAUCUGUCAUUUCCGGUUUCUCUGUAUCUCCGCCCCUUUCUCCGUCUCCGUCCUGUUUCAUGUCUCUCCAUGGUAACGUCAGGGCGGCACGAGCUGUGGCUCCGACCCGCGCAACAGCUCAUAUGAAAGGGCUUCUGACCUCCGUGAAUCUUCAGUUCAACACCAACAACUACAGCAAAUGCAUCUUCAGUCAAGCAAUCGUAGAUCAGGUUUUUUGGUCGAGUUCUGAUUGAGAUUUGGUGUGUUUUCAAGAUGAAUUUGACAGAGAUUUGUGAUAAUACCAAAAAGGGAAGGGAAUAUGCGCUGCUCGGGAACUACGACUCUUCGAUGGUGUACUACCAGGGCGUUCUACAACAGAUCCACAAGCACUGUCAGUCUCUUAGAGAUCCUGCUCUGAAGGUCAAAUGGCAGCAGGUUAGACAGGAGUUGUUGGAGGAAUAUGAACAGGUCAAAGGCAUUGUAAACACUCUGGAGAGUUUCAAGAUGGAUAAACCAGUUGAUCUUCCCAGUACUCGACCGGAGGACUACGCCCGAGACCCUGCGGUGUGGCCGCCUCCCACCCCUGUGGAGCACAGGAUACCUGCUCAGGUGAAGAGGCCAAACACCGGUGCUAAGGUCCAGCGUAAAGACUGUCCUGUCCGAGGUGCUGCAGGAAAGGGCCAGCCAAAUUCAAAAUCAGACCGACCUGCUGCCCGUGACCCUCGCAAUCCUAAAGUUAAAGAAGAGAAGGGUAAGAACAUCCAGGAGGGGGCAGCGGAAGGAGAAUUAAAGAAGUUUGAUGAUGCAGGUUAUGACAGUGACUUGGUUAAUAUUUUGGAGAGAGACAUCGUGUCAAGAAAUCCUAAUAUCCACUGGAAUGAUAUAGCAGACUUGGAGGAUGCCAAGAAACUGCUACGGGAAGCUGUGGUUUUGCCAAUGUGGAUGCCAGAUUUCUUCAAAGGGAUCCGGCGCCCAUGGAAGGGUGUGCUGAUGGUUGGACCUCCAGGUACAGGAAAGACCAUGUUGGCUAAAGCUGUAGCUACCGAGUGUGGUACCACUUUCUUCAACGUCUCAUCUUCUACACUUACCUCCAAGUACCGGGGAGAGUCAGAGAAACUUGUUCGGCUGCUCUUUGAAAUGGCUCGAUUUUAUGCCCCCACUACGAUAUUCAUUGAUGAAAUCGACUCAAUUUGCGGGAGACGUGGAACAUCAGAUGAACAUGAAGCAAGUCGCAGAGUUAAAUCUGAGCUUCUGGUGCAGAUGGAUGGUGUAGGAGGUGCGACUGAAAAUGAUGACCCCUCUAAAAUGGUGAUGGUUCUGGCUGCAACAAACUUUCCUUGGGACAUAGAUGAAGCCCUGAGGAGAAGGUUGGAAAAGAGGAUCUAUAUUCCACUGCCCACUGUAAAAGGGCGAGUGGAUCUCCUCAGGAUUAGCCUGAGCGAGGUGGAAGUGUCUCCUGAUGUUGACUUGGCUGCCAUCGCUGAGAAGAUGGAGGACUACUCUGGUGCUGACAUCACCAACAUCUGCAGAGAUGCAUCCAUGAUGGCAAUGCGUCGGAGGAUUCAGGGCUUGAGCCCAGAGGAGAUUCGAGCACUAUCCAAAGACGAGCUGCAGAUGCCUGUCACCAUGGAGGACUUUGAAAUUGCACUCAAAAAGAUCUCCAAGUCUGUUUCUGCUGCCGACCUGAAAAAAUAUGAGGCCUGGAUGAAUGAAUUUGGCUCUGUUUAAUUAGAAAGACUGAACAGCAUGGAUAAUGGAUAACACGGCCUGAGAUGGAUGUUUUUUUUGUUUUUUCAAUUCUUAAAGAUGCACUAUUGCCCAGUCUGCUGUAAACAUUGAGCCAGUUUUUAUGUAUAACAUUUCAAAGUUUCUAAUUCUGUUGUCAUUGUGUCAUUGUUUGUUGUGUCUGUCAUUCCUUACAUAUAUUUAAUUUAACUAAUUUAGACAAGGUUCAGCAUUGGUACUCUUAGGCCUGAUUUGAUGGUACUGUUUACUGUGACUUCAAUAAAUCCUAAUACAUUGUUUACUUUUA